AAUCGAAUGAAAAUUAUGCUCCAAAGUCCACCGCAUACAACUCAAAUGCUGACAAUUUCUGAGCCAAUUUGAAAAUUCUUCAACAAUCUUGAUUUCUUCGCCUCUUAUUGUUAUUUCUCCAUACCUAGUGCUUUUUCAGGAGAAAGAGAGAGAGAGGGAAAGGGGAGAGAGAUGGAAAGCAUAACAACAGGGUGGCAAGUAAUUUCAUUAUGUGGGGUAGCACUUUGGAUUGUGAUUUCUUCAAAGUUGAAGGUGACUCAAAAGCUCAGAUCUUGUACACAGCCAUGGAUCUGUCAACGUGUGAUUUCUGGAACUCCCAUUGUUAUUAGGAUUCAGAAAUACCAGCACAGAUGUUUGGAUGCAUUUUUUUCUGGGUUAUCUUGUGUUGUUUCUGUACCUUUUUAUACUGCCUUUCUUCCCCUGCUUUUCUGGACUGGGCAUUGCAAAUUGGCUAGGCAAAUGACACUCUUGAUAGCUUUCUGUGAUUAUACUGGAAACUGCAUAAAGGAUGUGGUUUCAGCACCUAGACCCCAAACUCCACCUGUCAGAAGAAUAACAGCCACCAAGGACGAGGAAGAUAAUGCGAUGGAAUACGGAUUCCCAUCGUCGCACACUCUUAAUACUGUCUGCUUGUCGGGGUACCUUUUACACUACGUUCUUGACUACAGUGAAAGCAAUGAUCUCUCCAUUAGAGUGGCUGGAAUCAUUCUGGCUUGUCUGGUUGUUGGUCUCAUUGGUUUUGGAAGGAUAUACCUCGGGAUGCACAGCUUGAUCGAUAUUAUUGGUGGUCUGGCUUUGGGACUAGGAAUCUUGGCAAUUUGGCUUUCUGUGUCAGAAUACAUAGAUAAUUUUGUAGUUUCUGGUCAAAAUGUUGUAUCUUUCUGGGCCGCCUUAUGCUUCUUGUUACUGUUUGCAUACCCCACUCCUGAAGUUCCAACACCAAGUUUUGAGUAUCACACAGCCUUCAAUGGCGUUUCCCUGGGUAUUGUGAUAGGAAUCCACCAGACGUUCAAUCAGUUUCACCAUGAGGAUGUCGCUCGUGUAUUUUCCCCUCAGCUUGCACUUCCUGCCUUUGUGGGUAGACUACUACUAGGAAUCCCGACAAUCCUUCUUGUGAAGUUCUGCAGCAAGGCUCUUGCCAAAUGGAUUCUUCCAAUUUUUUCAAAUACUUUGGGAAUCCCAGUAAGAUCAACAAGCUAUAUACCUAACUUAAAUGGAACCGAUAAGAAAUCUGAUAUAUUGAAGCAGUCCGGUUAUCUCCAGAAAAUGUUCUCCAAGCAGACGUCAUUUGAUGUCGAUACCGGCAUCAGGCUCCUUCAGUAUGCUGGUCUUGCCUGGUCUGUUGUUGAUCUUGUACCUUCAAUGUUCUUUCACAUAGGAUUGUAACGCCAUAAUACUGAUGUAUAAUAGCAGCUGCAUUUUUCUUUAUUAUCUUUCUACUUAGUUUUGUCUUUGCGUUUCCCAGGUAGGGUAGUGGUGGUGGUGGUGGUGGUGGUGGUGAUUGAUGAUUAAAUAGGCUGUAUGGGUAUUGCCAAAGCUACUGGCAUUGCUAUAUUCUUAUUGUAUAGAGACAUCUUCAAAAUUUAUUGCAAAUUAUGAUCCAUUAAGGUGGAA